AUGAAGAAAAAAUUUCAGAUGCCCAGUGCAAAAUUUAUUCUCAAAAACCGGAUAAAUAAAAACAAAAAGGGCGAGCCGGUAUGGAUUUUUUUAGAGCGAGAAAUGAGAGCAAAUUCCGAUAAGAAACCAUACAACAAUGUUGUGGGAGAGUGGCUUGUUUUUCUUAAAGAUUUGAAAAGCCAUUACCGCCGAGUACAAUUACAAGAGUUGAACAGAUUGACAAAAAAUUGCGGUCCACCAUGGUUUAUUGAGCUAUCGAGUUUUCAAAGAGAGACAUUAGAUAGUUUAAAGUUUGAUAUACACACAGACUUGAUUGGUGGUCAAACGGUCCAUGUGGAAACUGCAUUGAAACAUAUCGGAAUAACUAAGAAGAUUAACAAAAAAACGUUGAUGACAUGUAUGGAGACUUGCGUAGAGGAUCCAGGCGUAUUUGUGUGGAAUCUUUAUAAAGACAUUUAUAAAGUGCCACCGAGCACUUUACUGCCUUCAUACGACUUAAACUCUAGAUUAUUAAUGUCAUCUCUGGUUUUUAUUGAUUACAAGGAGUGUCUACAAUCACUUGACAAGAUAAUGGAAAAGGAACCGCCUCCACCACCACCGAAGCCUGCCAAGCCGCCAAAGAAUUUCAAGCCUCAAGUUCAAUUUGGAGAAUAUCUACAGAGGACGUAUGCACCCUUUUAUACCAAUAAACCACAGGAGAAGGAUAGGGUACCACGGCCUCUGAAACGCAAAUUAGGAAUUAGAUCUGCAGAGAGUUUAGAAGCGAUACUUCUGGAUACUAAAUUCCUGGAAAGACGUAUGGAGCGAAACAUAAAAGAACAGUGCAAAGAAAGAAUUUGCAAAUACAAAUUUUGGGAACCACCCCCCUCAUUACGAUACACUGACCCUAAGAUGCGUGCAUAUGCGUUAGCCUUAAAAAUGUUUACGAAAAAAGCUAAACCGAGGUUUAGGAAAUAUAAACCUCCUUAUGAAAACAUACAAUGCAAUAUUGGCGGCGUUAGUUACUUCGGCGGCAAACCGAAUUAUGUAAUAAACUCUGUUUGUGUGAGGCCUACUGGUUAUAUACCCAUUAACGGUGGACUGGUGAAAUACAACGACGAACAUGUACUCAAUAUAAUGGGACAUUGGAAAUUUCCCAAUAAGGAGAUAAAAAAAUGUGAUGUAACAUGUAACUGCCUUGCUAAUUGGGAUAGUUCUGCUAUGAAGUAUAUAGAAGCAUCUAAAUGUAAAUGUCAUCAUUUGUACGACUUCAAACAAGAAGGCAAACUACUUGAGACAUACUUUUACAAACCUACAAAACAUUCGCCAUUUUGGAUUGACGAAGCGAAAAUAUAUCAAAUGGAUCCGAUGGAAGAUUUUGUAAAACAAUGUGUGCUUGAUGCUUUGAGUUCUAAAACAAUGUUGGUAAAACCUGCUCUCAAUGAGGCAUUAAAAAUAAGUGAACUCGUUGCGGCACUUUUAGCUGACCUGGCGGACACACCGUUAAUAAUACCACACCUACCUCAGGCAAAUCUUUUAAAAAAUCUACAAACAUAUGUAAGCAAGAAAAUUAGACCGCCUCUUACAGGGGAGCAACACAAGAGAAAUCUGACUAAAGCGAAACGCCAGUGGAACGAAAUACAGCAUCAAAAUUUCAGACAAUUAGCCACUUACAUCAGUUUCAAGCCAGAAGAAUUGCAGAACUUCACUUGGAAUCAUAGGCAUGUAGUGCAGAAAUUGUUCGAUACUUUGCUCAAAAGAUACGUUACACGAAACGUAACAAAACAAAUCGAACAAUCCCAAUUAUUAUGGGCCACUAUGCAAAACGACCGUUAUGGAGGAAAAUCUUUUCGAGACUGUUUCACUUCGUACUUUCCGACGAGGCUUAAAGAUUUGUUCCUGUUGGAUCCUUUUGACUACGAACACAUUAAUAGAUAUAUAAGAGCUAAGACAUGUCCAAUUAGAUUAUAACCGACGUAAACCUGACGGCGAUUUAUUCGAAGAUUUUGAGAAAAUUAACAUGAUUAGGCAUCUACACUAACAUGAUUUUCAUUCAAUAGGAUUCAUAUAUUGCAAUUGGUGCGUUUGAAUCAUCAUUGUAAUUGGUUUGUUUCAAUUGGAGGAUCUUAAGACUUUCAAGCACCAUUGGUACUCCGAUUGGCGGGCGGCGUCAUUCGCUAGGUCUGAAACGCUAUUACACUACCCUAUUUCAAGGACCCUUCGUUAAGAGUAGCCCCUAACUGAGACGCCGCUCUUAUUAACUUAUAUGUAAGUCGCCCCAAAUGGGGACCCUGGCUCCUUAACUCUUAUUACACCUCACUAAGUUCGAGUUCCUUGAAAUCGAGUAAUUCAAUAAGCGAUUGAGCUACUGUCACGGUCACAAUUGUUUACGUGCCUAAGUUUCAAGGAAGUUAAUGUUAGGUAAUAAAUAAAUAACGCACGUACUCAAUACCUACCUAAUAUCUAUGGCUAUCUAUCUAAAUAUUCUGUAGGAAAUAAUUUAAGUUUCUUGUUGACCACGCUGCACCAGAUUAUAAAUAUAAAUGGACCUUAUUACCAUCAAUUUUGUUCUUUAAUAAAAAGAAAAGAAUAUAAGCCCACUCAAAUAUGGACCCGCUCGAAACAAGUGAAUUUCAAAAUAUUACAACUUACCAUUUAAUAUAAGAAGUUAACGUAAGCGCUUAUUUUCCAAUGAUAAUAAUAUUAAAGGUUUCCACGUCUGUGCACCCUUCAACAUUGAACGUCUAGGAAAUUGUCGUCACUGGGAAUCUUUUCCAGCAGUAGUGAGCCCUAAUUUUAAGGGUCCUAAAUUUCUUCUUUUGUUUCAUAUAAACUAUUAAAUGCGUUAAUUAGAUUAAAUUAUUUAUACUGCCUCUC